AUGCUAAACCGCAGGAGCGUCAGUGACACCCACAUGCUGAAACGGAGUCGGGCCGCGGGUGAAAUCGGACGCUUCUUCAGCCAGCCGGAUGACAGGCGGAGAGGUCCGUUCUCUUGCAGUCAUGGAGAUGACCUCAUCGUCACGCCGUUUGCACAGGUGCUGGCUAGUUUGAGGACGGUACGGAAUAACUUUGCAGCGUUAACCAACCUCCAGCAAGAUCGAACAUCCAACAAGCGAUCCCCCAUGUGUAAUCAGCCUCCUCUCUCAAAGGCCUCCUUCACAGAGGAGGCCUACCAGAAACUGGCCACCGAGACCCUGGAGGAGCUGGACUGGUGCCUGGACCAGCUGGAGACCCUGCAGACCCGACACUCCGUCAGCGAGAUGGCCUCCAACAAGUUCAAGCGGAUGUUGAACAGGGAGUUAACGCACCUGUCUGAGAUGAGCAGAUCUGGUAACCAGGUCUCAGAGUUCAUCUCCAACACAUUUUUAGACAAACAGCACGAUGUGGAAAUGCCCUCCCCGCAGACGCAGAAGGAGAAGGAGAAGAAGAAAAAGCCCAUGUGUCAGAUCAGUGGGGUGAAAAAACUCAUGCACAGCACCAGCCUCACCAAUUCCAACAUCCCUCGCUUCGGGGUCAAGACGGAUACGGAAGACUCCUUAGCCAAGGAACUGGAGGACAUAAACAAAUGGGGCCUUAAUGUUUUUAAAGUCACAGAGUUUUCAGGCAACAGGCCUUUAACGGUGAUGAUGUACACUAUAUUUCAGGAAAGGGAUUUACUCAAAACAUUUAAAAUUCCCUUGGACACUUUCAUAACGUACCUGAUGACCUUAGAAGACCAUUAUCAUGCUGAUGUUGCGUAUCACAAUAACAUUCACGCUGCUGACGUCACCCAGUCCACACACGUGCUGCUCUCCACGCCUGCUCUGGAGGCGGUUUUCACAGACCUUGAAAUUCUCGCUGCCAUUUUCGCCAGUGCUAUUCAUGAUGUAGACCACCCAGGUGUCUCCAACCAGUUCCUUAUUAACACCAACUCGGAGUUGGCCCUCAUGUACAAUGACUCGUCGGUGCUGGAAAACCAUCAUCUGGCAGUGGGCUUCAAACUCCUGCAGGAGGAGAACUGUGACAUCUUCCAGAACCUGACCAAAAAACAGAGACAAUCGCUGCGCAAGAUGGUCAUCGACAUCGUCUUGGCGACUGAUAUGUCCAAACACAUGAACCUGCUGGCCGAUCUGAAGACCAUGGUCGAGACCAAGAAGGUCACCAGUUCUGGAGUCUUGCUCUUGGAUAACUACUCAGACAGGAUCCAAGUGCUUCAGAACAUGGUUCACUGUGCGGAUCUCAGUAACCCCACCAAACCCCUGCAGCUGUACAGACAGUGGACGGACCGCAUCAUGGAGGAGUUCUUCAGUCAGGGCGACCGAGAGAGAGAGCGAGGGAUGGAGAUCAGCCCCAUGUGUGACAAACACAACGCCUCUGUAGAGAAGUCUCAGGUGGGCUCAUCCAUUCCAGAAGAAACUAUGGAACUACGUUUCUACCUUCUACCCUACUAUGAGUCAAAAAUAAAACGGUUAAUUGUAAGAUAA